AUGCCGGAGCCCGGGCCGGACGCCCCCGGCACCGCGAGCGCGCAGCCGCCGCCGCCGCCGCCGCCGCCCCCGCCUCCCGCGCCCAAGGAGUCCCCGUUCUCCAUCAAGAACCUGCUCAACGGAGACCACCACCGGGCGCCCCCGAAGCCUCAGCCGCCCCCACGGACGCUCUUCGCUCCGGCCUCGGCCGCCGCUGCCGCCGCCGCUGCCGCCGCCGCCGCGGCCAAGGGGGCCCUGGAGGGCGCCGCGGGCUUCGCGCUCUCGCAGGUGGGCGACCUGGCUUUUCCCCGCUUUGAGAUCCCGGCGCAGAGGUUUGCCCUGCCCGCGCACUACCUGGAGCGCUCCCCGGCCUGGUGGUACCCCUACACCCUGACCCCCGCCGGUGGCCACCUCCCGCGACCUGAAGCGUCGGAGAAAGCGCUCCUGCGAGACUCCUCCCCGGCCUCGGGCACCGACCGCGACUCCCCGGAGCCGCCGCUCAAGGCCGUCGCCGACCCCAAGGAGCUGGACUCGCGGAGCCCGGACGAGAUCGUCCUGGAGGAGAGCGACUCGGAGGAAGGCAAGAAGGAGGGCGAGGCGGCGGCCGGGGCGGCCGGGGCGCGCGCGGCGGCGGCGGCGGCGGCCCCCCCGGGCCCCGAGGACUGGAAGAAGGGCGCCGAGAGCCCCGAGAAGAAGCCCGCGUGCCGCAAGAAGAAGACGCGCACGGUCUUCUCGCGCAGCCAGGUCUUCCAGCUCGAGUCCACCUUCGACAUGAAGCGCUACCUGAGCAGCUCGGAGCGCGCCGGCCUGGCCGCCUCCCUGCACCUCACCGAGACGCAGGUCAAGAUCUGGUUCCAGAACCGCCGCAACAAGUGGAAGCGGCAGCUGGCGGCCGAGCUGGAGGCGGCCAACCUGAGCCACGCGGCGGCGCAGCGCAUCGUGCGCGUGCCCAUCCUCUACCACGAGAACUCGGCGGCCGAGGGCGCGGCGGCCGCGGCCGCGGGGGCGCCGGUGCCGGCCAGCCAGCCGCUGCUCACCUUCCCGCACCCGGUCUACUACUCGCACCCGGUGGUCUCGUCGGUGCCGCUGCUCCGGCCCGUCUGA